CGCCGUUUGGAGCGCAGCCUCGCACUGUUGUUGGAGACGCACACAUCGCUGUUGUUAGCCGUGAGCUUCCCAGAGCCUUCCCUACACACCGAGACUGGCUUGUCAGGAAUGCACACGCCUCACGAAGGACAGUGCAGGGGGAGGUAAGCCCGUAGCACCAUGAGGCCAGCGCCUCUCCUCCACUGCUGCCAUCACCGCAAAACGUGGCUGCGCUCGGCCGGCUCUGCUCUGGCCGCGCCCAGCCAGGAGGCACCAUGAACCGCUACGCUGCCCUCAGGCAGCUGGGCGACGGCACCUACGGCUCGGUCAUCCUCAGCCGCUGCCUGGAGUCCGGGGAGCUCGUCGCCAUCAAGAAAAUGAAAAGAAAAUUCUAUUCCUGGGAAGAGUGCAUGAACCUUCGAGAGGUCAAGUCCCUGAAGAAACUCAACCAUGCCAACGUCAUCAAACUAAAGGAGGUCAUCCGGGAAAAUGACCAUCUCUACUUUGUGUUCGAGUACAUGAAGGAGAACCUCUAUCAGCUGAUGAAAGAGAGGACACGGCUGUUUCCUGAGUCUGCAGUGAGGAAUAUCAUGUUUCAGAUUCUACAAGGACUUGCCUUCAUUCACAAACAUGGCUUUUUCCACCGGGAUAUGAAGCCAGAGAAUCUUCUGUGCAUGGGUCCUGAGCUGGUGAAAAUCGCUGACUUUGGGCUUGCUCGAGAGAUCCGAUCCCGUCCUCCUUACACUGACUACGUGUCAACCAGAUGGUACAGAGCUCCAGAGGUUCUCCUCAGGUCCACCAUCUAUAGCUCUCCUAUAGACCAGUGGGCUGUGGGCUGCAUCAUGGCCGAGCUCUACACCCUCAGGCCUCUCUUUCCUGGCUCCAGCGAAGUGGACACUAUCUUUAAAAUCUGCCAGGUCUUAGGAACUCCAAAAAAGAAUGACUGGCCUGAAGGGUAUCAGCUGGCCACCACCAUGAGUUUCCGCUGGCCACAGUGUGUCCCCACCAGUUUGAGGAGUCUGAUACCCAGUGCCAGCACUGAGGCCAUUCAGCUGAUGAGAGACCUGCUGCAGUGGGACCCCAAGAAGAGACCGGCUGCCAGCCAGGCCCUACGCUACCCGUACUUCCAUGUAGGUCAGGUUCUGGGAACGCCACAGCAGCUGCAGGAACAGAGUCGACCGCUGCCCCAGCCGCCACCGCAGCCACAGCCUCCGGCCCAACCUCAGCCUCCACAGCUCAGGCCUGUUCCCCCUCCUCAGCCUCCACAGCCUCCUCAGCCACAUCUCUCCCCAGCACGGCCACUUCAGCAGAUCCAGCCCCCGCCCAACCUCGCCUACCCCCAACAGCAGCAGCAGCCCCUUUCAGAGCUGCAUAAAAGACCCAUCAGACCAGGCGCAGACGCAGACCGAGUCCCGCAGACCCGAUUCCCUUUAAUAUGCGACAAAGGCUUGCAGAGCCAGUUAACUCCAGAACCCGAGAAUACAAAUUUCUCCAGUUACACAACGAAGCCCAAAGUCGGCCGCAGGAGGUGGGGUCACGUCACAGGCACCUUAAAGGGAGACGACUGGGAUGACUAUGAGGACGUGGGCACCACGAUCUCUGCCCUGAACAAACCUAGUUACAUCAACAGUGACAAACGGUGGCAGGGAGACAGCAGCCUUAACAGGUUGGGGAACGUUUUGGAUUUCAGCCCUUCCAGAAACGAAGGUGGAACGAAUAUGAAUAACGUGCUGCCCUUUCAGGAGCCAUCGAGGACGGCCUCAGCCAAACAGCAUUACUUAAAGCAAUCAAGAUAUUUACCAGGGUUAAGCACCAAGAAGAAUGUAGCAGUGAACGCGACAAAGGACUUGAGUGGGAACAACCUGUGGGGGAGCAGCAGCGUUCCUGUCGGAGGGACACUUCCUAGCAGGGGCAGCCACGGCACUCGUCCAGGUGGAUACGUCCCCUCGUUUUAUAAGAAAGAGACUGGAUCAGCUGGCCAAAGAGUGCAUCUAGCACCAAUAGAUUCAACACUGUCAAAUUAUGCAACAUGGAAAUCGAGCAGGUCGAGCAGUCAGGUGGGCGCAUCGUCCUACUUGUCUUCUCCCACCAAGAGCACACCAGGCCUGCGGCCUCGUCCUCCGGUUCAGCCCGUUCACGGACGCACGGAUUGGUCCGCCAAGUACGGCCAUCGAUAGGCCAUUCUCACGGGACGUGCACCAGGGAUCCACAUUUGAGCCCCGUGCUGUGAUUUUUAUCUACUAUGUGUGUACAUUAUUAUUAUUAUUAUUAUUAUUAUUAAUAUACAGCAAUAACCUGUUUUGUAUUCCUCUGUGUAAACGGUUCAUGUACGAUUUUUAUAUUUGUUUUGCAUAAUAUGCACAAGAAAUCUCAGUGUUGGUGUCGGUGUAUCUAACGAUAUUGCAAAUUUAUCCUUGUAUCCUCUAUGUAAUCUUUCCAACUUCCUAAAGGGUGCAUUAAUAUAUGGUUGGUGCGUUAACUUUUUAUUUUGGUUUGGUUUCGUUUUGCACGCUCCUUUUUUUUGGACUUAAACUGUUUCCUUCUUGCUCUUUAAGUAUGUGUAAUACCUUUAUUUAAGUUUUUAUAUGGUUUUCCAAUGUUUGUUUUAUAGCGAUUUUUACGGAAACCCUUGCCAAUAUAUUUUGUACGUCUGCCAAAUGACUGAAUUUGAUUUUUUGAACUUUCUUUGCUCUGAAAAGUAACCCCCCCCCCCCCCCCCCCCCCCCCAAAUAUUAUGUAUAUUACGCUAUUAUGCAAUGCACAAUAUGUAAACUGGUGGGUUGUCAAUCUGCUUGUGUUACCACUCUGACGCUUCAGCAGGGUGGUCUUUUUAUUGUGAGCUGUUUUGGUAACGUCGUUGUUUCUCAGCACACUGUCGCAGUUCUUGAUUAAAGUAUUAAACGAAAAGAAGUUAUUUUACCAGCUAA